AUGGUCUUCACUGAUCCUUUCGCGGCCGAGCGUUCAGACUCAACGUCGUCUGCGUCUGCAGGUUCGGUUGGGGUAGCGAUGGAUCCGUCCGUGAGCAAACGAUACACGAGUCCGUUUCCGCCGUUGCAGUUGUCCCCGACGACCACUAUGGAGCUCGAAGGGCUAGCACAGAAACUGGUGGCUUGCAAUAUCGGCGCGUAUGAGAGCUUUUUGAUUGACAACCAUGGCAAAGUGGACGAAGACAAGUGGAAGUUCAUCUCGGCCAAGGAUGACUUGAAAGCGUAUGCGGAACAGCCUCGUAUUGUGGAGUCACCGCACCCGUAUCAACAGGAAACACCCGUGGCAGAUCUACCGGUUGUCAUGAUCACUGGAACAGUGGUCGGUGACUUGGAUGAUGUCAUGUACGGCGUUGUAUGUCCGACGACGGAGCAGAUGCGGGUCAAAACGUCCUACGUUCAUGACGACAUUCCCAAGAGCUGCGUGCUUGCGUCACUGUCCCCUCCGACGCCGGAAAAUCCGUUCAACGCCACCUCCAUCAAGUGGGUGGAAUUGAAUGUACCACUUGCAGUGCGUCCUGUCGUAAAGAAUCGUGAUUUCGUCUACAUGGAGACGACAGGUAUCGAACGCCUUCGAAACGGAGAGCGUGUGGGAUAUCACAUCGUACAUUCCACUACGAACGUCACGGAUGUGUACAUCAAAGGGUUUUUCAACCCGGCGGGAGGCAUCAUGCGUACCAUAGUCAUUCGAUCAGCAGCACGGAUUCUACUAUCGGUGGCAAAGGACGUCUACUGUAGCCACAUGAAGAAGAUCGUGUGGGCCUUACGACAACGAUACAGUGGCGAGACGUCAUCUUCAAGUUCGGAAUGUACUGAGAGCUCAUCAAGUGGCUCUUUGGACGACAAAUGCUGCUCGGGCUGUGGGAAAAAGCAAUCGGUGUUUGUCCAGGCUGCAAGUAAGACGAAUCAUGGCGCCAAGAUCUUGCAGAAGAAGAGACAUUGCAAAAUUUGCACACGUUAUAUGUGUUUGGACUGCAGAAGACAGCACCAACUCUCUUUCCUUCUCCCCGAUCUGCGUCUCAAGCAGCAUCUUGUCACGGUGUGUAGGAACUGUGAAAUUGAAGCCAUCUCGGAAAGUGCCAUGGCGAUUGCGCGGGACGAGGUGCUACAGGGCAACCAGAUGCAGCGCUGGGAUAUCGGUGAGGUGUUCAAUUCGACUAUGUGCCUCCAGAGCGAGUAG